AACUCUUCUUUUUUGUUUUUUUUUCAUUUUGAAUAUUUCCAUCUCUCGACUUUUAAUAUAAUCUUUUGAAUUAUCUUUUAAAUUAUAAGAAUUAUGCAAACAAUCAACCGCCGUUUUUACACAUUAAAAUUCUACCUUAAACGUUUGCACUCUUUAAAUUACUCAGCCAGUAACGCACCGCCAGAUAACCAUGUCUUUCAUAGGAACACUUUGGAAGAUAUUGUUUUGCAGCGACAAUUGCAGGCGACGCGAAGCAUUGUCGUUCAGGUUAGUUCGAAGAAAUCCUUCCCUGAGUUAUAUCAUUACUGUAGCACUUAUGGCCGCAUAAUGGGCGCUCAUCACUAUUGCGUGCCACACGAAGACAAUCGACAUUAUAUUUUGUUGGAGUACGAAAAUUCUGAAGAAGCUUCCAUCGCCAUAAAUUGCUCUGCUUACAAUGAUGAAAUGACUGGAGUGCCAGUAAGAUCUCCGUUCCUUUGGUUUAGAGCUGCGAGUAAAAAGCCAUUAAAACGUGAAAUCCAAUUAAGUAAAGUACCGGCAUUAUGUACCGUUGAUGGGAAUUUAUGCAUAGAGCAAGCAGAAUUAAAUUCCUUAUUACGUGAAGCUAAUAACAUGGACGAGCAAUUAUCCUUGCUUUAUCAAAACACAAAGCUAAAUGAUCUAGGGAUACGUUUACGAUUCUUAGCUGCUUUUCAAGUUCAGCAAGCCAUGUACGGAAUGUUUCCUUUAGCAAAUGCUAUACCGUUUGGUUCUUCAGUGAAUGGAUUUGGUAAAAUGGGCUGCGAUUUGGAUUUGAUACUGCGCUUUGAUCAAGAAUGUAAAGCAAAAGGAAAUCAAGCACACGAGGAAUCGCGUUUAGUGUUUCAUACCAAAGAAAAUUUAAUAAACGGUCGUUCUCAAACCCAAAGACAGAUGGAGAGUAUUGGCGAUAUGUUGCAAUUAUUUUUACCAGGCGUUUGCCAUGUGCGCCGUAUCCUUCAGGCACGUGUGCCAAUUAUAAAAUAUCACCAUGAACACUUGAACUUGGAAAUUGAUCUAUCCAUGAGCAAUCUAUCCGGUUUUUACAUGUCUGAAUUGUUAUAUAUGUUUGGUGAAUUUGACGAGCGUGUAAGGCCGCUUACAUUUUGCAUACGACGUUGGGCAAAUGCCUGCGGUUUAACGAAUCCCUCUCCAGGUAGAUGGAUUACAAACUUCUCUCUCACUUGUCUGGUUAUAUUUUUCUUGCAACAAACUAGACAGCCAGUAUUACCUUCCAUCAAUACUCUCUUUAAAUCGGCUAUACCCAGUGACAUACGCGUUACAGAAGAUAACGUAAAUUGUACAUUUGCUCGGGACUUUGAAGCGAUCGGUUUCAAAAGUCGAAAUAAGAGCAAAAUUAGUGAAUUAUUGUUGCAAUUCUUUGAAUAUUAUUCCCAGUUUAACUUCCACAAUAAAGCUAUUUCAUUGAAUGAGGGGCGGCCGUUGGAAAAGCCCGAUCAUUCAGCGAUGUAUAUCGUUAAUCCUUUGGAACAGGCAUUAAAUGUCAGUAAAAAUGUGAGUUUAGAGGAAUGCGAACGUUGGCGUAUAGAAGUGCGUAAUGCAGGUUGGAUAUUAGAGUCUGAAGUAGAUCAGAAUCAUGAGCAUGAUAAAGAAGAGCAAUGGGGCUUAUUAAGUUUGUUUAAAACGCCUGAGAAUGCAAUACUUAAGCCGAAUGCAUUCUUCAAACCACGAAUUUUAGAAGUCAGCGAUUUAUUCGAUAAAACGGAGGAACCAUCCAACGGCAAAUCGAGAGAUUUCGAUUCGACAUUGUUAGUGGACAUUAAGAAUAAAGAAGCGAAACAACAAAAACAAAAUACUAAAAAGUCAGUGGUCAACGGUCUGAAACAAAUACGUUUGAGUACAUCGGCCAACACAUCAUCAGGCUCUAAUAAAACAAUGCAACUCAUGCCUCCUACAAAGAGUAUCCGGGGUGGCUCGUGAUUUGGCCAAGUCGAAGCAUAUUUACUACUGCCAAUUUUCAGUUUUAAUUGCUUUAAACUUAGCUGGAAUGUGGAAUUCGUUGUGUAGAUGAGAAAUUUUUUUAAGAAAUGAAAAAAUAUUAAAAAACAAAAGUAAUUAACUUUGUUUGUUAUUAAACUUGUGUACGCUCUUUCGUACAAAUAACAACGACAACAAUAUUUUUAUUCCUCGACUAUUUCAUAUUUAAAAAACAUGAUACCUGUACAUUAUAUU